CGUCUCGCAAUGGCCUACCGCAACCACGCCGACUCCACGCAUGCCGACAGGCAGCACGUCGACCGCGGCAGAAGCCCUGACUAUGCUCGAACAAAUACUGCCCGUGGGAGGUCCAACGGCCCCGACCGUCAGCCUCGUGACAAGACUCCUCCUCCUCCUCCUCCCGCCUGGGACAGACGCAGCUUCGACAGUGGCUCGCCGCCCAUGCAGCAACCCCUGAAGAAUGCCAUUGGCAAUGCCUUUGAAAAAUCCGGUGCCGCCCGUGUCGUCGACCCCAAUCUCAUUGCGCAGAUCACGGCCGAGGUGAAGAAGUCGGUCCUGGACGAAAUCAAGUCAGGUGUCAUGGCUGGUGCAACCCAGCCCCAGCCUGUACCCAAGCCACAGCAAUGGGCUCCGCCGUCGCCACCCUCGACCUCCAACUCGCUUCCUACGAGAGACGUCUACACGCCUCCCUCGCCGAAGCGCUGCGAUUUCACCGCCAAGCAGUCUCCGGAGCGGGACCCUCUGUAUCGCGAUCCGCUGCUGGAUAGCAACCACGACACGCCCGCCCCCCGCGUCGAGCGCACUGUCCCAAUGGAGCGAGACCGACAGCCUGCGCGACCCCCUCCCCCGCUCAGGACGAUGACCGAAGACUACACGCCCAUUGAGAAGAUGUGGCAGCGCCUGUUCCAGCCCGACGGCCAGCCGCUGCCCCGCCUCGGACAGCUCCUGCGAGGCCUGGCACUGCACUUGAUUGAAGACUACGAGCCCAAGAACAGCCUCGUCAUUUCCCCCGCCAAGAUGCUCAAGUUUUACCAAGUGGUCAAACUCAAGGAUGAAAUCUACCCCUGGCAAUCCAUCUUUGGAAAAAUCUCCUACUCUUCCCUGUCCAAAAUCUACCGCGACAUGCGAUGCCAGCAUCACCUCAUCCAAGAGCACCCAGCCGAGCAACCCUACAUCCCUGCCCUCACACCCGACGGCUUCCAGGAGUGGAUGACUGUCAUGAUCCAGGCCUAUCCCGAUACCGAGUACGAGCGACUGGUAAAGGCCAUCCUCGACAUGCCCAUCAGCAACGCCGACGACCGCAAGGAGCGAUUUCCCAAAGAAAUAUCUCGCCGCAUGUUUCCAAGCGUGGAAAAUCUCCAAGCACAACAGAAAUGUGCUGCCGCUCUCUCUGCUGAGGGUGUUGGGCCCCUCCGAAAGGCCCCGACCUUUCCCCCGCCGCCUCCAAAAACCCAAGACGCUCCUUUGUCGGCGACGCAGCUUGAACGCGAACGAAGCCCAUACAGUUCUAGACCAGACGUCAGGCCUCUCGACCUGGGCGCCGAGUCCACAUCGCCGUCAGUGCCGAUUGAGCGAGAGCGCAAGCCCUACUCUGCGGCUCCUGGUUGUGGCAAGACCUACGACGACAUUGCUUCAAGCCCCAAUUCUGAUAGCGCCGUAAACGACAAGCGUAGGCGUGCACAAUCCAACGCCGGUCAGGCACAGUGGGCGCCCCCGUCCAGCGACCCCUAUUGCCAACCUCCUCCACCCCCGAGACGACCACGAAGCCCGAGCUUCUCAAACUAUGGCACGCAGUCCGACCCCAAUGUACGAGACGGCCCGAACAACUCGUAUGCGUCAAAUAUGUACCAUUCCGAGGAGAAUGGCUAUCGGUUCAACAAGGAGUUUGAUGGCAAGACCAACAAUCGACGCCGCAGUACUGCUGCCGGUGCAGAUGUGUCGUUUGACCUACCACCACGAUCCGUGUAUGGCGAUGACGACUACCGCGCACGAAACGGAAGCAAUGGUUACGACAACAGAGGCUACGACUCCCGCCGCUACUAGCACGUAUUUAUGAAGUUACGACAUAUACCCUGAAUUUCCGGUCGUUGCAGCCAUUUCCUAUUGACUUGUCGGUGAGCUUCAGGUGUUCAAAUGGAGUGAGGUGUUUGGAUCGGCAUGCAUGUUGAUCACAUAUCCGGUUUUUAUUUCUUUUUUAUACAAGUUGCAUACAAAACAAAGUCAUGUACCCUGUAAACGGCCGUUGAAGAUCAUACAUAAAAAAAGCAAACUACUAUACUUCCC